AUGAGUACCGUUCUUCCUCAAAAGCUGGCAGCAGUCUCCUAUGCAGCGACAGAGGUCGCCGAGGGGAAGGAUCUGACCAGACAUACGAUUCAGACUCUGCCUCUGGGAAAGCCCAGGCAGGACCGAAAGUUCUUAUGGGAGAAAAAAGAUGGCAGCUAUGUCCCUGACGAUAUAGCAACCCAACCAAGUGUCUUCGACGACCCGGACAUUGCGGCUGAGUAUCAGCCGCCUAACAAUUGGGAAAAUAUCCAUCGCUUCGAUCCUCUAGCCAGAUGGACGUGGAGAGAAGAAGACAACGUCGUCAGAAAGAUUGACAUUCGGAUCUUCAUCUGGACCUGUGUUAUGUUCUUCGGGCUCGAGAUCGAUCGGGCAAAUAUCCACCAGGCACUAACCGAUGGGUUCCUUACAGACCUGGGACUUAACACCAAUGAUUACAAUCUCGGAAACACCGUCUUUGCUGUUGCUUUCUUGUCCGCUGAGCUGCCAUCGCAGCUUGUCUCCAAGUGGGCUGGACCCGACCGAUGGAUUCCUACGCAGCUCACCCUCUGGUCUGUGGUUGCUGCGUCUCAGUUUUGGAUAUCCGGAAGAUCUUCUUUCCUCGCUUGUCGUGUCCUCAUUGGAUUUUUGCAAGGAGGUUUUAUCCCUGAUAUCAUCUUGUACCUCUCAUACUUCUACAAGCAUACCGAAAUGGGAAUACGCCUUAGUAUCUUCUGGAUGUCCAUGACCGCUGCUGAUAUCAUUGCUGCGUUUCUUGCCUACGGACUCCUCCAUAUGCGGGGUGUCCUUGGUUAUGCUGGAUGGAGGUGGUUGUUCUUGAUCGAGGGUCUCCUCAGUUUGCUCAUCGGCCUUACAUCUUUCAUCAUGAUGCCAGCUGGUCCUACUGAAACAGCCAGUUGGUUCCGUGGUAAGAAUGGCUGGUUCACCGCCAGAGAGGAAGAAAUCAUGGUGAACCGCGUUAUCCGUGAGGAUCCCAGCAAAUCUUCAAUGCACAACCGAGAGAGAAUUACGCUGCGUCUACUGUGGAAGAGUGUAUGUGACUUUGACCUGUGGCCAAUCUAUUUGAUCGGUAUCACCUCUAUGAUACCUCAAAAUGUUCCACGGUCAUAUCUUACCCUAUCUCUCAGGGCGUUGGGGUUUGACACCUUCCAUUCAAACCUCCUCGUCAUCCCAUCACAGGUUUUUACUAUGUUUACCAUGCUCAGUAUAGCCUGGCUUGCAGAUAAGACCAAGCGAGUGAUUGCGCUGUGCUUCAUCCCCAUGAUCUGGGUCCUUCCCAGCCUUAUAUGGCUCCGCACGUCUUAUACUGUUGAGUCACCUCGUUGGACAGUUUAUGGUGUUAUUACGGUCCUUGUAUCGUCUCCGGUGACACACCCUAUUAUUGUUGGGCUGGCCUCGCGGAAUUCAAACUCGGUCCGUUCACGCACAGUGUCUGCAGCACUCUACAACAUGUCAGUUCAACUCGGCGUCAUCAUAGGCUCAAACAUCUACCGCCAGGACGAUCUACCCUUGUACCGUACUGGAAACUCUGUAUUACUUGGGCUUUUGGGCUGGAAUAUGUGCGUCUAUCUCGGCACAUUCCUCUACUACCGUUGGAGAAAUGUUUCGAGGGAUGAAUUGUGGCAUUCACUUUCCGAGGACGAACAACUGGAGAAGAUUCAAGAGGAAUCUGGCGAGGGAAAUAAGAGGCUUGAUUUCCGGUUCCAUUAUUAG